CCCCCUCUUUUUCCUCACAGCCCGGGCGCCGGGCGGCAAGCGCGUUAGUCGGCCGGGACGCGGAGCUGUGUGCAUCUCCUACGCGGGCUCGCUAGCUCCUGGGAGCCGCGCAGCUUCCCCGGCGGUGGCAGGAGCGGCGAAGAGCGCCAUCAGCGGGCCCUUACGGCCCCAGGCCUCGCGGCGCGCGCUCCGCUCGCUCUCCUAGUCCACCCAACCUGCGGCCUGUGGAGGCGUGAGGCGACUACGGGCGAGCGCCUCGAGCAGCGUUAGCCGCUGCGGCCUCCGGUCCUCCCUCCGCCUCCUCCUCUGCCCCCCCCUCGCUUCCCUCCUCCCACUUCCCGAGCUCCGGCGUGUCCCGGCCACGCUCGGCGCUGCUGCAGGAACAAAGGAAGACCCCGCGGCGGCGGCGGCGGCGGCGCCACCUCCGCCUGCGGCUCCGACCCGCUCCCGGCCCGCGGCGGCGGCACCAGGGCGUCCGGCUCAGCCUUCCCGGAGGCCUCGGCCCGGCCUCAUCGUGCCGGCUUCGCGCGCGAACCCGGCUUUCGCAUUUGGGACCCCACAGGGCCCUGAAAAGGAGCCUUUAAAAGUCAAUUCUACUCCAUUUGGCAAAGAGGGAACUGAAAUCUGGAAAGUAAGGACUUGCCCAAGGUCACUGACUUAGUGGCAGACUAGAGACUUGACCUCUCAGGUCUGCAUUCCCAGCAGAAAAAUAUGGCUCAGGAGACUAACCAGACCCCGGGGCCCAUGCUGUGUAGCACAGGAUGUGGCUUUUAUGGAAAUCCUAGGACAAAUGGAAUGUGUUCAGUUUGCUACAAAGAACAUCUUCAGAGGCAGCAGAAUAGUGGCAGAAUGAGCCCAAUGGGGACAGCUAGUGGUUCCAACAGUCCUACCUCAGAUUCUGCAUCUGUACAGAGAGCAGACACUAGCUUAAACAACUGUGAAGGUGCUGCUGGCAGCGCAUCUGAAAAAUCAAGAAAUGUGCCUGUGGCUGCCUUGCCUGUAACUCAGCAAAUGACAGAAAUGAGCAUUUCAAGAGAGGACAAAAUAACUACCCCGAAAACAGAGGUGUCAGAGCCAGUUGUCACUCAGCCCAGUCCAUCAGUUUCUCAGCCCAGUACUUCUCAGAGUGAAGAAAAAGCUCCUGAAUUGCCGAAACCAAAGAAAAACAGAUGUUUCAUGUGCAGAAAGAAAGUUGGUCUUACAGGGUUUGACUGCCGAUGUGGAAAUUUGUUUUGUGGACUUCACCGUUACUCUGACAAGCACAACUGUCCGUAUGAUUACAAAGCAGAAGCUGCAGCAAAAAUCAGAAAAGAGAAUCCAGUUGUUGUGGCUGAAAAAAUUCAGAGAAUAUAAAUUACUUCUUGUGAAGAGACUGAAACUUUGUUUUUAUUUUAAUAUAUCGUAGGAAAACAUUAAAGAGCAGAUGCAUGGCCAUUUUUCUUUGAUGUUCUCCAGAGUUUUACUUUACACUUGUCUGUCUUAUAAUUGAUAUUUUAGGAUGUUUGGGUGUUUGUUACAGGCAGAAUUGGAUAGAUACAGCCCUACAAAUGUAUAUGCCCUCCCCUGAAAAAAAUUGGAUGAAAAUCUGCACAGCAAAGUGAAACACACAGAUAAUAGGAACAAAAUAGAGUUCCCAUGUGCCAAACAAAAUAAAUGAAAUCUCUGCAUGUUUGCAGCAUAUCUGCCUUUUGGGAAUGUAAUCAAGGUAUAAUCUUUGGCUAGUGUUAUGUGCCUGUAUUUUUUUAAAAUGGUACACCAGAAAAGGACUGGCAGUCUACUUCUACCAUAGUUAAACUUCACCCUCUUUAAUUUCACAACAUAUUCUUUGGAAGCAGGAAGAAAUGCUCAUAAAGAGGAUCAGACCUUCUUUCCCGUGAAACCAGUAUUUGGUGCCAUAUAUAAGCCUGGUUAAAUUGGUCAUCUAAAACUGUCAAAUAAGACAUUCUGUGAAAGGUAAACAUCGAAACUGAUUAUAAGUAAAACCAUCAAGCCAACAACAGGGUCUUGAGAUAAUCUUUGAAGCUUAUUGUACUGGCCUGCACCAGAAGAUGUCUGCAUUAUUCAUUGCUAAAAAUGUGUAGCACAGAACUGCACUAGGAUUAAUUUGUUUACAAGAAGAAAUUUAAACUCUACGUUUGGUUUUCACAUACAGCAGCUCUACUGAAUAACAUGCAUCUGAAUUUUAAGUUGCAAAGGUAUCUGAAUAGUUAAUUUUUCAUGUGCAUCUUUUGUCGAAUGUUUUGGUUCAAGAAAGAAUGUUUAAAGCUUUUUAAAAGACUUCAGUUCUUAAUGUAACUGUACCCUUCUGCAUGGAAAAUCAUAACCAACAUGGCUGCAGUAGACUUCUUAGUGGUAUCCAGCACCACUUGCAGAGGGCUGCUUUAUCAUAUUGUACUUGGGUGUAGGACUCUAGUGUUCUUGGGUGUAUUGCAUGGGCUGCAUUAUCUACAGCAUUGUACAAUAACAACUAGAAAAGGCAGUAUACUUCACUGAUGCUUGUCUGGUAAUAUCACUUCUGUGUUAUAAUGGAAGGUUUUUUGUGAUGUAUGAAACUUGUGUUUUUUAUAUAUAAAUGAGUAUAGUUAGUGUUGUGGUAAUGCCUGUUUUCAUCUGUAAAUAGUUAAGUAUGUACACGAGGCACUACUUCUGAUUUAUUGCAGUGUUCAGUCCUAGUUUUUACUUUUAUUCUUAAAGCAUUCAGUUUUGCUUUCAAUUUUAUGUACCUUAGUUCUGAGUUAGACCUGCAGAUGUGUACAGAUAGUUCAUAUUUAUGUAUUGCACAUAAUCAUGCUAUUCAGCAUUGAUGCUAUAUUGUAUUAUGUAAAUAAUAAAAGCCAUGUACAGAGGGAAA